GGGAACCCCUCGCCUUCCUCUCCUCGCCCAACGAAUCCCCGCCUCAAACAUCACCCGUCCCUUCUCGUCUUCAUUGCCAAUCCCUCUCCUAAACUAGCUCUUAUGGGCUUCCCUCUGGGCGGUUGCUAUGUGGCCGUGCCAGAAACGCUGAUCCUGCUGCUCAAAUUCCUUGACUACCUACGGUUCGUCGUCUGCUUAAUCCUAUUCUACCUCGGCCUCUACCCAUCCUCAGUUCCUCCCACUCCAUACAGAGAUCCUGAAUUCGAUCCCACGCCGGCUUCGGAUGCUCUGGGUCCGGUCACCACCACAUCGAUCAAGGCUCGGCUGCCGGCGGUGGAAUUCGUGAGCUUUGUCGAGAGAUCGGCGGGGCGAUGCAGGGAAUCCAAGUGCGUGGUUUGCUUGGAGAAUUUGGCGGCCGGGGAUGAGGUUAGAGAGCUGGGCAACUGUCGGCAUGCGUUCCACAAGGGGUGCAUCGACCGGUGGGUGGACGUCGGCCAGGUGACCUGCCCGCUGUGCAGAGCCCAGCUGCUGCCGUGCAAGGGAAGGUUAGCCAGAGCUUGGCUGCUUAAUUUUUGGGCAAGGAUUUGGUGAAGUGCCAUGGCUUGGGACCAUGGCAAUUAGCUGGGCUAUGUGAAGCUGGGAUGGGGAGUUGAUCUAGGCAUUGGGCCUGCUUUUAUCCGGAGCGCAGCUCAGAUUUAGGCUGUCAUGCAAGAGGCUACAAAGGAGGCCUGACCUGUUUUUAAGUAGCAGUUAGAGGGCCUCACCUCCAUGCUUUGGAGGUAGAUUCUUGUCAAAGAUAUUAUUAUUAUUAUUAUUGUUUGCAUGUAUGACUUAAGAAAAUAUUUGUAUAUAUUAUAUCAUGAUAAUUACGAGUUAGUUGUGUAUUCAAGUAUACAAACUUUCGAAGGAAAAUUUUAAAUUAAAUUGGAUUUAA